GCGGGUUGUGCCCGCUCCCCGCCCGCGGCCGGGCAACCUGCGGGCCAUGCUGCGCGGGGCGGCGGCGGCGGCCGCCCGGCGGUGCGGGCUCGGCCCCGGUGCCGGUGCCGGCCGGGGGCAGGCGGGAGCGCGGCGGUGCUCGGGCGCUGCGCGGCGGCGGCAGUGGGCGCCUCCGGCGGGGUGCAACAGCGGGAUCGUGGCUUACAACAGCCGGAGCCGGAGCAAGGAGCCGCUCGUGCUGGCCACGGAAGGAGUGGCGACCUGGUACAGCUGUGGGCCAACGGUGUAUGACCAUGCACACCUCGGGCACGCCUGCUCCUAUGUUAGGUUUGAUAUAAUUCGAAGGAUAAUGACAAGGUUUUUUGGAAUUGAAGUUAUCAUGGUGAUGGGGAUCACAGACAUAGAUGACAAGAUAAUAAAAAGAGCCAAUGAGAUGAAUAUAUCACCAGUAGCUCUUGCUCGUAUUUAUGAAGAAGACUUUAAACAAGAUAUGGCUGCCUUAAAGGUCCUUCCUCCUACAGUAUAUAUGAGGGUGACUGACAAUAUUCCUCAAAUAAUUUCCUUUAUAAAAACAAUAAUUUCCAGUGGACAAGCUUAUGCAACCUCGCAAGGCAAUGUUUAUUUUGAUGUUAAUUCCUGGGGAAAAAGAUACGGAGUGUUAACUGCUAUUAACCCUGAUACCCAAGAUGAAGCAGCUGAUUCUGACAAACGACAUGGUAAAGAUUUUGCCCUGUGGAAGGCUGCCAAGCCUCAAGAGCUAUCUUGGAAUUCUCCCUGGGGAAAAGGACGACCUGGAUGGCACAUCGAAUGUUCCACAAUAUCAAGUGCAGUGUUUGGAAAGCAGCUGGACAUCCAUACUGGGGGAAUAGAUCUUGCAUUUCCUCAUCAUGAAAAUGAAAUUGCACAGUGUGAGGUGUAUCAUCAGUGUGAGCAGUGGGGGAAUUACUUUCUGCAUUCUGGGCACUUGCAUGUUAAAGGAAGUGAAGAAAAAAUGUCAAAGUCAUUAAAAAACUACAUAACAAUUAAGGAUUUCCUGAAGAGAUGUUCGUCAGAUCAGUUCAGAAUGUUUUGUUUGCGUGGCAGAUACAGCUCAGCAGUAGAAUUUAGUGAGGAGAGCAUGGAAGAUGCAAAGAACCUUCUUCAGGCAAUCUCCUCAUUUAUUAGAGAUGCAAAUGCUUAUAUAAAAGGACAGCUGGUGUGUGACCCUGUUAGAGAAGACAUAUUGUGGGAAAGGCUAGCCAACACAAAAGUAACCGUGAAGGCUGCGUUUGCAGAUGACUUUGACACCUCCAGGGCUGUUGCAGCAAUUAUGGACCUCAUUCACCAUGGCAACAGACAGCUUAAGGCUGUUACUAAGGAUGCUGGAUCUCCUAGAAGCUCUGUUGUGUAUGGAAGCAUUAUUUCCUAUAUUGAAGGCUUUUUCAGUGCCCUUGGGAUGUCCUUUGAGGAAAGACAGGCGGCUGUGGGAGGAGACAAGUCUGCAGUGCUCUCCAAUGUCAUUGAAGAGCUGGUGAGGUUCCGCUCCAAGGUCCGGCAUUACGCGCUGGCUCUGCCUGAAGCAGCGGACGCUGCGCCAGUGGAGGGUGCUGCAGGAGCCCAGGGAUCCAAACAGGAGCAGAAGGAAAAGAGGAAGCAGUUAAUGCAGGAGAGAAAGCCCCUCUUGGAGGCUUGUGACAGUCUGCGUGGAGACCUUGCUGCCUUUGGAAUCCACAUCAAGGACAGAGCUGCUGUUUCAACCUGGGAAAUUGUGGAAGGAGGGCAGACAGAGAAGCAGACUGAGAAAAAAAGCUGAUCCUUCAUCCUUGGACUUGUUUUUUAUUUCAGCUACUUCAGCAACUGUUGUAAAUACUAAUUCUUUCAAAAUAAAAUCUGUUGAACAGAA